UCAUGAUGAAGCUGGAGGGUUUUUUUUGCUUUAGGGUUCCCUUUAACUACUUUAAAAUUGUUUUGGUAAUGACUCAUGAUUGUGAAGGUGUUGAUUGCAUUUUGGGGGUAAAUUUGUGCUGUGUGCGUCGAUGACAAACACACUUGCACAGACAAACAUGUACAUGUUCAUAUACGGUCGUUGUUCGACCCUAUCGACCAAUCGACAUGUUGGGGAGAGAUUGAAGAGCAAUAAUUAUUAUGCGAGUCGCGUAGUCGCCUAAACCUCCACCGCAUCCGAUAUUAGGGGGCCCAUUCCACUGUCUCAUCCCGUGUUACCGCCCCUCUGUCGUGCCUCGCAACUUGGCACUGAAGAAGUCUUUUUCAUUCAUCGUCUUCGCGAGUUCGAAGGCACAGAGAACUCGAUUCAAAAUAGCGGACUAUCCGACUGACCACACAUAUAUAUAUACAUAUAUUAUAGGCGCUGAAUUUUUGUCCGAAAGAAAGAAUCGCGACACUUUUGAAAUCAAAACAGUUGUGCGACGUCGUGAUUUUGUUUUAUUGAUGGUAUCGAUCGCAUUUGGACAUAUGAAAUUAUUAAAGUGAAAAAAGAGAAAAAUAUUUUCGCGAGUGAUUUUUUUGUUACUUUUUAGCGAAAAUGUGGAAAACUAAGGGUGCAUUGUUCCCUUUGAUCCUAAUAAAUUUCUGGCUAAUCAGCGGCUCUUCUCAAGUUGUAGCCGAAGAAUGCAAUAACGACUGGGAAUGUCAGCAGAAUAUACGCGAAUCUGUAUGCGUACAAGGCCGAUGUUCGUGCAAACCAUUUUAUGCACGAAUAAACGAAACAACAUGCGUACAAUCAUCUCUGUUAGGAUACGAAUGUGUCGUGUCCGAACAGUGCUCUUUAAGGGUGGCUCACAGUAGCUGUAUCGAUGGAACGUGUAGGUGUGUCGACGGAUUUUUGCAAUUUAGAAAACACACUUGUCUGGGACCGGCUCGUCCUGGCAAUGUAUGUUAUAGCAAUGCCCAUUGUCGACUUUGGACAGCGGACAGCCACUGUGAAUUUCUGAUUCCAAAUCUUUUUGGCCAUUGCCAAUGCAACGCACCGUUCAAACGUAUCGGAGAUUCUUGUGUUAGAUCGGCUUUCCAGUCUUCCACAACACCUCUUCCGAUUGCAAGCAGCACCGUUCAAAUUAUCACAUCCACAACAAAAGAACAUUUCUUCACCACUAGCACAUCUCAUUCUUCGUCAACAACCACACAUAAUCAAGAGAAAGAGACAGACUCUAAUUCUAUACCUGAUAGCAACACGAAUGGAUUUGGCGAUAAGGAACGCGACAAGGACGAUGACGACAACAUUGUUUUUAACACGAAGAAGCAUUCUUCUGUCACCACACAAUUGCCAACGGUGGCAACAACCUCCAAACAACCCGGUCACAUCCCAACUUCGACAUCAACCAUUCCACCUGUUAGUCCUACCGGGCCUAGGGUGCGUGUAGAAGACGGAAAUGGGGCUGUAAGCUUGGGGCUUCCUUGCGUUACGGACUUGCAAUGUCGUGCUGCAGAUCCCUCGUCCAGAUGCGUCGAAGGUGUUUGUGAUUGUGUUAUCAAAACGAACGGGACUAGCUCGUGCUCGGCAGGGAACAGGGGAUGCAUACCGGGGACGUUUCAAUGUCGCAGUUCCGGCACUUGUCUGAGUUGGUUCUUUGUCUGUGAUGGCCACAAGGAUUGCAUCGAUGGUUCUGAUGAGGAAUGUUCCCGUACGAAAUGUCCUCCGGAGGCGUACAGGUGUAAAUCGACAGGUCACUGCGUGUCACGUGCCAGUCGUUGCGACGGGGUAACCGAUUGUCCGGCUGGUGAAGACGAGGCAGAUUGUCAAGCUAUAGGAAGAAAAGGAUGUCCACCUGAUACGUUUCAGUGCAGGGAUGGAAAAUGCAUUCCCGAGUAUGAGUUUUGUAACGCUAUCAUUUCAUGUAGCGAUGCUAGUGACGAGCCCGCCCAUAUUUGUAGAGGUAGAGCGAGAAGAAGGCUUUCUGAAUAUUGUCCCCUACGAUGCGGGAAUGGUAGGUGCAGAUCCAGUGCCAUUGCCUGUUCGGGGAAGGAUGGUUGCGGGGAUGGCACCGAUGAACUAAAUUGCUCAGUUUGUCGAUGUCCGCUGGUGAAAGGUCGAAGUUUAUGAAGAUAAUAUUAACGUAACUCUUCUUUAAUUGUCUCUAUACAAAACAGUACUUAAACUUUACUUUUUCGAUUCCUUACUCGUCGGCAUUUGUACAUAAUUUAGAACAACGGACGCGAAUCAAUUCGAUGGUGGAAAUUGAAAAUUUUUCAAUAAUAAUUUUACUUUCCCCUUUGAAUUGAAUUGAUGUUAUAGAAUGCAUUUCUGCAUCGAUUUUUAUACAAUUUCUUUGCUCAAACGAACACAUUCCUUACAAUACCAAAUACGUAUGUAGGUACAUUGUGAGUGUAAUAAUGAACACUUAUUUUUAAGUAUUUAAUUAA